AUGAAUCACCGCGCCGAGAAGGUGGUCCGGAUCAACGACUGGGUCAAGACCCUGCCCGAUGGGGAGCCCUUCGUGUUUGUGGUGGGCUGUUUCGCGCACGGCGUCAUCCAGGAUGACUAUGUCGAUGAGAUGGUCUCGGUCAGUGAGUAUGAGCUGUCGGCCUCGGUGGUCCUGGGGAAGAUUUGCUGUGCCUUCGAGGACUUCUGGGGCGUCCUCUGA